GUUUCUCGCAGAGGCAGGAUCGUGCGUUUCGUCGGGCGAUUUUUUUUUCGCGAACCAACAGGGAGAAAGGUGCCAAAGACAUCCAUUUUGUGGCACGAAGAAAGCGCGCUGUCCGUUCUGAUACUUUUGUGGUCCGGAGUGUCCUCCAGGUUCAGAUCGCAAACGGACCGAAAUUAGCCAUUUCCCACACCUUGGGCAGUGCGUUUUUUUUCUUCCAUCGUGUCACACACACACAGAGGAGUAGCACCGUGAAGAAGAAGAAGGAGGAGGAAAAUUUUCUGCAGCAGAAAGAGUCAGCACACAAACACUAGCGCGCAGAGAGGGCCACGGAAUUACACAAUACAACGAAAUAGGUGUUGGGCCUGUUCGGGUGGUGUUUCCAAUAAUAGACCGCGCGCGCGGCCACACAGGGCGUGUGUGUGUGUGUGAGAGAGAGAGAGUGUGUUUGUGUUCCAGUGACGAGGAGGGAGAUUGUCAACGUUGAGGUCAAACGGAGAUCGUAGAAUAGUCUAGUGGAAGUCGCGGUCGGAAGAAGGAGUGAGAAAAAAAAUGCACAUAAACAAUCCGGACGCGUUGAAGACGUGGCUGACGGAGGUGCUGGAACCGCUGUGCGAUGCCGAUCCGGCGGCCCUGGCCAGGUACGUGCUGGCCCUGCUGAAGAAGGACAAACCCGAGAAGGAUCUGCGGGACUGCAUGAAAGAACAGCUGGACGUGUUUUUGGGCGCGGAGACGGAACCCUUCCUGGAGCAGCUGUUCCGGUCGAUCAAGAGUGAAGAGUACAUCAAGGUGGUGCAAGCGAAGGAGGCGGCUGCAGCGGCAACAGCCGCGGCCACGGCAGCAGCUACCGCCCAGCAAGCUAGUCCCGCCGCUGCCGCAACUACGACGACGACGACCACCACCACCACCACGGAACAGGUCAGCAGCAAUUCAACCCACAGUACCAACUCCACCUCCAGCUCCAAGGUGCGCAUCAAGCGCGAGUUCACCCCGCCCCUGCACGAAAGCAAACCCUCCAAAGACUCGCUCGCGGCAGCCGGAGUUCCGUCCGGAGCGACGACCGUAUCGAGCAGCAGCAGCAGUCACGAAAACAACGGCAGCGAACUGUCGAGCAGUGCCAGCAGCGGUGCCAUCUCGGCGGCCACUCCCAAUCAGGCUAGCGCGGUACCCGCCAAGUCGACGCCCCCCGUCAAAAGCUCCAGCAAGGAGGAUCAUGUGAGUAAAAGCAAAGAAAGCAGCCGCAGCCGUGGCCGCCGGAUAUCGAACCGGUCCCGCUCUCGGUCGCGCUCGCGCUCCUUUGAACGUUCCCGCCGCUCCCGGUCACGGGACCGUGGCCUGGCGCGGGGCAGCGAAUCCAACCGGGACAAGUCGAAUCGGGCGUACCGAAACAAAUCCCCCGGACGGGAUUCGUUCCGUAGCGGCGGUGGCAGCAGCAGCAGCCGGUAUGACCGCAAGAACCAUGGCAACAACUACGAAAGUCGUCGCGGCGGUGGAGGUUCUGGAGCGACGGGUGGAAGUGGUAACAACCGGGGUACGAUCCGGAGUCAGUCGAGAAGCCGAUCACCGUCGCCGAUGGCGGAUCGGAGGAAGAUGGCCCGGUCGGAAUCUCCGGCCGUGGCGGCUCCUGCGAAUGUAGCGGCCCCGGCACUGGUGGAGCACAAACCUGUGGUUGAUGGUGCGUUGUUGGGAACGGGGAAACGGCAACGCUGCCGGGACUUUGACGAAAAGGGUUACUGUAUGCGAGGGGAAACUUGCCCGUGGGAUCACGGAGUGGAUCCGGUUGUGUUGGAGGACAUCAAUAACCCGGCUUUGAUUACGAUUCAGUCGGCUGCUCAGCUGCGGGCGGGUCCGAUUCAUCCCGAGUAUAGUCCGGACGCGCCGGAACUGUGGAACCGUCCGCCGAACUUCCCGCCGGGCAGGCCGUCGAUCACGCAGAGGCUAGGAAACAUCACAGGAGUGAACGUUGGAGGUGGAUUUGGACCGCGUGGUGGAAUGGCUGGUGGGAACUUUAGGAACGUUGCUCCUGGGUUUCCUCCGGGCUUCCCGGGCAAUCCGAUUGGGGCUACGCCGCUGCAGCGGGAGUUGAUUUCGGUGCCGGUUGUGGACGCCAACAAGGGUGGUGAUGUUUCGUCGCAGCAGACGAAACGACGAUUUGAGCCCGAGGACGCCGUUGCGAUUGCUGAUGGACAUUUGAAGCGUAAGCUUCCGUUGAACAACCGGUUGGGACCACGCGUGACUGGACAUCCGGCUGGUGCUGGUGGUGCCGUUAACCCUCAGCAGAAUUGCUCGCUCGAGCUGAGAAAGAUCCCGCGCGGGUUGAACGCGAUCGCUCAUCUGAACAACCACUUUUCCAAGUUUGGCAAGAUUGUCAACAUCCAGAUCAGCUACGACGGCGAUCCGGAGGCUGCGAUUGUGACCUUCUCGACGCACGCCGAGGCAAACGUGGCCUAUCGGAGCACCGAAGCCGUGCUGAACAACCGCUUCAUUAAAGUAUUCUGGCACACGGGAGGAAACGGUGGUGAACAGCCUGGUAUCACUCCGGCGGCCAAGACGGAACAUUCGCUGCGUAGGUCGUACCCGAAUCAGUACAGCAUCAACAACAAUUUAAACCAGAAUUCUAAUGUUACUACGGCCGGAAGUACACCGACGACCGUAACACCCGCGGCCACAAAGGAUGGCGUCGUGGUCACGAGCAGUAGCGGUGCAAUCGUAGCCAGCAGCGGUGGAGAGAACGUGGCCCCGGCCACAACGGCGGUCGCAACCGGUUUCACCAACACCGCCACCAAGCUGGUCAACACGGUUACGACCCCGAUCGUAACUGCGAAUCAGCUGCGCAUGAAAAACGCCAAGAUCAAUCGGGCCACGUCGGAACUGCUACGCAAGAAGCAGGAACUGACCCAGACGAUGCACAAGGGCAAGUACGAUCUGAUGCAGGGCUACCUGAAGGAACUGAGCAAGCUGAUCAUGAUGGUGGAGAAGGUCGAAGCGACCGAUCCGAUGCGUACCAAGCUGCUUGCACCGAUUAAGGACCUCGAGGCGAAGAUCGCUGCCCUCAGGGCGGAAAUCUCCAGCGAGCAGAACCAGAUUGCGGCAACGCUGCUGCCCAAGCGUAAAACAAAAGAACAGCACGAGAAGGACAUUCUGGACGCUGAGUUGGAGAUCAUCGCGGCGGAACAACGAACGCAUCGUAUCCCGGGCGUCGGUGGUGCCAACCCUCAACCUGCAGCAGCAGGGCCAAUCGCCGGAACUCUUCCUGGCACCGGAAAGCCGCAACUCUCCGGACCACGCCCCGGGCGUCCCAUCAACCGGCCGCUUGGUUCAAACAGCGUUGAUCGACGUCCCACCACGAUCUCCAUCACUGGGUUCGCGGCCGAGGACGCCGACGCCCUGCUGGGACACUUUAAAAACUUUGGCGAAAUCACCAAACAUCAGCUGGACAAAACGGUGCCAUCGCUGCUGAUCAGCUACUCGAUCCGGCAGAACGCCGAGAAGGCUCUCGUCCGGGGUAAGGCGUUCCGCGACGUUACGCUGCAAAUUGGCUGGGUCGCAACGACGGUUCCCCCGACGACGCCAACGACAAUACCAAACUCUGCCGUGGUUGUCGCUCCGGUUGGGGCCGCCGACGGCAAGGACAAAUCGUCUGCGGAAGCCGUCGUCGAGCAGGAUGCCGCUGCCAAGGAAGGGGCGGAUGCUUCCGGUAAGGUCGCGGCCACCAUCGAAGGAGCCGUAGCCGUUGGUGGCGUUGGCGUCGGAGUUGGCGCUGGAGUGGACGCCAGCUCGGCCGCAUCGCUCGCUGACACGCUCAUCGAGACCGGCUCCAUGGAGGAAGCGUCCGAGGUGCGCAUGGUCGAGGAGGAGGAAGAGGAAGAAGAGGAGGACCGCUCCUGGCGCCGUUGAUAAUCCAGCCAUCGCGAGAGAGGGAGAGGAACCAGUCUACUGAACUCUACAGAGCAACAGAAGGGAAAAACUCUUUCAUUUAUUGUCAGUAGCGUUUUAAGUGAACUUUGUUUCUUAUUUUUCUUCAAAAUAAUGUAGAUUGUAAGAUUUUCCACUCCACACACACA